AUGACGACUAGGACGACAUUAUGUCGGGACCAGAAGUCUUUUCUCUAUCGGUUAAUACAGGAUGAACCGGACCUCAAUUCAGACAAGGAUGAAAUUGGUGCAUUCCUGAUAGACAGAGAUCCGACAUAUUUUGGUCCAAUUUUAAAUUAUCUACGGCAUGGAAAGUUAGUAAUUAAUAAAGAUUUAGCUGAAGAAGGUGUUUUAGAAGAAGCAGAAUUUUAUAACAUAACUCCAUUAAUAAAAUUGGUGAAAGAAAAGAUUACAGAACGCAAUGCGAAACAAGAUCAAACACACAUGAAAAAUGUUUAUAGAGUUCUUCAGUGUUCAGAAGAGGAAUUGACACAGAUGGUCUCCACAAUGUCAGAUGGUUGGAAGUUUGAACAGCUAAUAAAUAUUGGUUCUCAGUAUACAUAUGGAACAGAAGACCAUGUAGAAUUUCUGUGUGUUGUAUCCAAAGAAUGUCCUAAUAUUGUUAAUGGGCAAGAAAAUGAACCUACUGACAGAGCAAAAGUAUUACAGCAGAAAGGAUCUCGAAUGUGA